UCCACCAUGAUUAACAUAGCCCCAUUUUAUUAGGCUAUCUUUAAGGAUCAAUUUAGUGUUAUUUUUGCUUAAUGCAAGAAAAGUGCACAUUAGCAUGUGAUAUUAUUUCUAUAUAUACACCUUAUGCUCCUUUCCAUUUCCCACAAACCGAGUCAAUUUUCAAAAAAUGGCCAAUCUCAGCCUUUCUUUACUAGUGCUGCUACUCUCCUUUUCUCUCAUUUCAGGCAUGGCAGAGCCAACCUUUGUUAGAAGAACCAAGGCACCGGCACGGGCCUAUAUCGAGACCUCAUGCCGGGGCACCCGCUAUCCAGCCCUAUGUGUCCAAUAUCUCUCUAGAUUUUCAAACUCAACCAUUCAAAACCAGCAGGAGCUGGUUCAAGUUGCCUUGUCGGCAAGCUUAUGCAGGGCUUCUUAUACGAGAUCAUACAUGUUGAAAGUGGCAAAAGAACUACAGGCAAAGAAAGCUAAGGAGUACCAGGUGGUGAAAGACUGUUUAGACCAAAUAAAUGAUAGCGUGCAACAGCUUAGCCAGUCAAUUAGAGAGAUCCGCCGCAUGGGAAGGCAGGAGGAAGCUGCAGGUGGCGGCGACAUAUUUUGGCAUAUAAGUAAUGUUGAGACUUGGACUAGCAGCGCCUUGUCUGAUGCUAGCUACUGCGUUGAUGCGUUUCCUGGAAGGAGAAUGAGCAAGUUAAAGGCCACAAUCAAGGGUAGAGUUAUGAACGUGGCACAGGCUACGAGCAAUGCUUUAACCUUGUUUCACCGAUAUGCUGCAAGGUAUAGAGCUGGUGCAGCCAAGAAGCCAUAAAGUUAGUGUUUUCAGAAUGUAAAUGUAUAAUCAAAUAUGUUUUCUUUUGAAGAGUUGGAAUUUGUUGUUGUAAAAAUAGUUUGUACACCAAGAUGUUUAAUGAAAAAUAUGGGAGCAUGUCAAUGUGAAUCA